UGAGCGGAAGGACAAAUAGUUCCUAACCUAUACAACUGUUUGUUCAUAUGAUUCAUGUUUUCACUUUCGCGCUCUUGAUACACAUUCAUUUUCGAGAAAAAAAUUUAUAAAUAAAGGAAGAACGCACUAGUUAAAACACUUAGUGUCGAUAUUAUUGAUGUGAGAAGGACCAAUCAUCGCGAUAAACUCAAUAGGCUAGCCUACUAUAGAUGUUUUGAGAUCGAUCCGCCCAUCGUUAGUGAGAGUGAGACGCUCGCUUUUUGUGACGGGAGGAGCGUCUCUCAUUCAAGCGCCUCAUCUCACUCACUGUGAGUCCGUCAGCAGAACUGACCGAGGGGAUUUCUUCGCGGAGUACACUUGCAAACUUUCAGCCGCUUUGCUUUUAAGUUACGCUUUUUUUCUGUGAAGGAGAUGUGAACGUAUUUGAACUUCAAAGAACAACGACGUCUUGUGAUUCAGUGCUUUUUAUUCGAAACUGAAGAAAAGAUUUCGGGGAGAAUUAACGAUGUUUUUCACUGAUGACAUGAGCAGAUCAUGGUCGCUGGGGGGUGUGAGGAGAUACACAAAGUCUUAAGGGAAGAAGACUGCUUGUUAUCUCGACAAAAGCUUCACCUCAGAAACAUGAGGGAUUGUCUCCUGUGGAACUUCGCCAAAGUGAUUCUGUUCUGGACAUUAGCUGAUGCUCAGGCAGGUGAAGAUGAGAUUACAGCUGAAGAACAGGUGCAGAUGCUGCUGGAUGCGAAGCUGCAGUGUCUACAGAAGAUCUCCACAGACGACCCUACAGUUGGUGUGUGCGUCCCAGAGUGGGAUGGUCUGAUAUGUUGGCCACAAGGCUUCCCUGGAACUCUGACCAAGACCCCCUGCCCCAGAUACAUCUAUGAUUUCAACCAUGCAGGACACGCUUACAGGAGGUGUGACUCUAAUGGUUCUUGGGUGCUUGCAGAAAGCUCAAACAAGACCUGGGUCAACUACACUGAAUGCAUCAAAUCCCCAGAACCCAACAAAAAGAGACAGGUCUUUUUCGAAAGGCUGCACAUCAUGUACACAGUGGGCUAUGCAGUUUCCUUCAGCUCUCUUCUAGUGGCUAUCUUUAUUAUUGGAUACUUCAGGCGUCUCCACUGCACCAGGAACUACAUUCACAUGCACCUGUUUGUUUCCUUCAUGCUGCGUGCCAUCAGCAUCUUUGUGAAGGAUCACGUUGUGCACACUAGUGCUGGGCUGCAGGAAUUUGACGCUGUGCUUAUGAAUAACUUCACUAAUGCUGUGGAUGUGGCACCAGUGGACACUUCACAGUAUAUGGGUUGUAAAGUGACCGUCUUGCUGUUCAUCUAUUUCCUGGCUACAAACUACUACUGGAUCCUGGUGGAGGGCUUGUACCUGCACAGCCUCAUCUUCAUGGCCUUCUUGUCUGACUCUAAGUACCUGUGGGGCUUCACUUUGAUCGGGUGGGGUGUUCCCGCUGUUUUUGUUGCAGCUUGGGCAGUUGUCAGGGCAAUGCUGGCAGAUGCAAGAUGCUGGGAGCUGAGUGCAGGAAACAUCAAAUGGAUCUACCAGGUCCCCAUUCUGACAGCCAUUGGGCUGAACUUCAUCCUGUUUGUGAAUAUUGUGAGGGUUCUCGCCACCAAGAUCCGCGAGACCAACGCAGGCAGAUAUGACACACGGAAACAGUACAGGAAGCUUGCCAAAUCCACGCUUGUGUUGGUGUUUGUGUUUGGAGUGCACUACAUUGUGUUUGUUGGGAUGCCGCACACAUUCGAAGGUCUUGGCUGGGAGGUGCGGAUGUAUUGUGAGCUGUUCUUCAAUUCUUUCCAGGGCUUCUUUGUGUCAAUCAUCUACUGCUACUGUAAUGGAGAGGUCCAGACUGAGAUCAAGAAAACAUGGACACGGUGGAACCUAGCAUUUGAUUGGAAGGGCCCGGUGGUGUGUGGGAGCUACCGCUACGGCUCUGUGUUGACAGGCCUUAACAACAGCACCAGCAGUCAGUCCCAGCUGGCUACCGGUGGCCCGGGCACCCGCUCCACCACGCUCUUCUCCAGCCGAGUCUACCGCAGCAGUGGGGGGCCAACCAUCAGUGCCCAUGCCACACUGCCAGGCUAUGUGCUCAAUUCGGACGCUGACAGCUUGCCACCAUCCAUACCCGAGGAGCCAGAGGACAGUGCAAAGCAGGUCGAUGACAUCCUGCUAAAGGAGUCCCUGCCCACGAGGUCCAGCAGCGGCCUGGAGGAUGACGAGGAAACUCUGUAGAUAAUGGCGCGGUGAUAGUCAGCUAAAUUGGGUGUAAUAGCACACAGGGAAUUUGUUAAAUAGUAAAAAUGACAGUUCAUCACCUGCAGCGCACACUGCUUUGGGUGGCAACAGCACCUCUACAACGGACACUUCCUGUUCAAGCUGUGACACAUUUUUUUUUUACACAAUGUAAUGGGCAGACAGAUUGAUAUGUUCAUGUCAAGAUAUCGUCACUCAUCACUAUAACAAAAAAACAGUUUACAGCAAUGGAAAUGCUGAUGGAUAAAAUUUCUUGUUGAUUCAUGCAGUUCAUAAACUGCCAGCUGGACAAUAUGAAUGCUGGAGUUUUUUUUUAACUUUCAAUUGCAAUGCCAACUAUUUGUUUUUGAAAACUGGUUUCAUUUGCUUAGAACCAUCAUGUCAUCAAGAUUUUAGUCAAA